AUGUUUCUACUUCAGGCUCGCAAGUUUUAUUUAGAAAUAAUUUUAUUAAAUCGAGAGAAAGUGGCGGGGGCAUCAAAUAGUAAUGGAAAAGGGGGACGACAAGCUGCCCCAGUCGACGUGGGGUCCCCAUUGCUCGACUGGGAAGAAGGUGAUCAUUUCAGCUUUGAAGAUUCCGAACGUUUUGAAGAAGAUUCGCUUUGUAGUUGGAGUUCAGAACCAGAAAGUCUUUGUAACAAUUGGCGCGGGUGGAAGAGACCUAAUCUGCAAAACUCUUUCGGCAACCGUUCCGCGAAAAAGAUCGUUCAAGAAAAAACUGUGUCAACGUUAAGUGAAUUAUCAGCAAAGUGUGUGGCUUGCCAUAUACCAUUUGAACUUGUUGAACAUGUAUAUCCACCAGUACCCGAACAGCUGCAGCUUCAAAUUGCUUUCUGGAGCUUCCCUGAUAGUGAAGAUGAUAUCCGAUUAUAUUCUUGUCUUGCUAAUGGAUCUGCUGAUGAGUUUCAGAGAGGCGAACAUCUUUUUAGAGACAGGGCUGUUAAAGAUGUCCUUCAAAUUGGUUUUCACUUGUCAGCAACAGUUACACUUAGCAUGCCGAGAGCUCAAUACAAUGUAGCUGUAACAUUUGACCGACAAAGGAUUUCCUCAUGUAAUUGCACAUGCUCAUCAUCUGCUCACUGGUGUUCACACAUUGUUGCCGUGUGUCUCUACAGGAUACAUUUACCAACGCAAGUGUGCCUCAGGGCACCAGUGUCCGAAUCAUUACAAAGACUGCGAAGAGAUCAGCUUCAGAAGUUUGCACAGUACCUCAUAUCAGAACUACCACGACAAGUCCUACCAACUGCUCAACGGAUACUAGAUGAAUUGUUAUCAGCCCAACCAAACCAAAUCAAUGCUACGUGUGGAGCGCCAGAUCCAACUGCGGGCGCUUCGGCCUACGAAUAUACUUCAUGGUUUCUCGACGAAAAAACUUUGCACAACAACAUCAAUAAAAUAUUAGUGAAGUUUUGUGUUCCAGCGCCUAUUGUGUUUAGUGAUGUUAAUUAUUUAAGCACUAGUGCACCUCCUGCUGCAGCAGAAUGGUCAUCACUUCUACGGCCCUUAAGAGGCCGAGAGCCUGAGGGAAUGUGGAACCUCCUCUCUAUUGUAAGAGAGAUGUUCAAACGAAACGACAGGAAUGCUAUACCUUUGUUAGAAAUCAUCACUGAGGAAGUCAUGGCCUGUGAACAGAUAAUAGUGUGGUGGUACAGCACUAAAGCGGCGUUAGUGGCUUGGGGAGGGGGGCACGGGGGGAGGCAAGCAUGGCGGUGGCGGUGGCAACUCCUCAGCUCAGCACGCCUGCUCAUCACUAUGUGA